AUGACGCCCGUGGCGCUCUUCCGGCCGUGGACGUCGGACGUCGGCGCCGACGCCGAGGCGGAGCCCCGCCCGCUGUCGCAGGAGAAGCUGUCGGCGCUGCUGCCCGUGUCCUACGAGUCGCGGCUGUCAUCCAUCAUCUCGUCGGCCGCGGACGCCGGCCAGCAGCCGUCGCCUCCCGCGUCGCCUCUCCGGACGAGCUGCCAGGGCUCGGCCGCAGCGCCGGAGGGCGCCGAACCGCCAGCUGGGCCGCCGGGAACCACGCGACGCGACAGCCGACACGCGAACGGGCCGAGCGCCGCGCAGGGGCCCGCUCCGCCCCCGCCCUGCGGCUACGGCCCGCUGCUGGCGCCGUACCCGGCCGGCGCGCACUUGCCGGCGCCGAGCCCGGAGGCGCAUCUACAGCAGCAGCAGCAGCAGCAGCGCAAGCUGAGGCCCAAGAAGCACCGCUGCCCGCACUGCCACGUCGCCUUCAGCAACAAUGGUCAGCUGCGGGGCCACGUGCGCAUCCACACAGGCGAGCGUCCAUUCCGGUGCAGCUGCGGCAAGAGCUUCACGCGCAACGAGGAGCUGACUCGCCACAAGCGCAUCCACUCCGGGGUGCGGCCGUACGCCUGCUCCGUCUGCGAGAAGCGUUUCGGUCGCAAGGACCAUCUUAAGAAGCACGCGCGCACGCACGCACCGCCGCUGGCCGUGCCGCUGCAGUUCCCGCUGCCCUACCCGCUGCCCUUCUUGUACGGGCUGUAA